AUGCAGAGAGUUGUGAGCGUGGUGUUUCUGCUGGUUCUGGGGUCCACUUGGAUCGUGCACACGGUCCCUGUGGCCCUCAAACCUUUUAUCCACACACAGGAGAACGUCUUUGAUCUGGCCCAGUUCAUGGGGAAGUGGUAUGAAGCAGCAGUGGUUUCUACUUGUCCUCACUACAUGAAGCGCAAGAGGGAAGACCCCAUCAUCAUUGCACUGGAGCUGCAACACGUGGCCUCUAAUGGCAGCUUCACAAUGACAGCCACGAGUUUGAGGAAUGGCUUAUGUAAGCAGACGUCCACAGAUUAUAGAUUGACCAACAAUCCGGGACAAUUCUUCCAUCAUAUUGCAAGGUUUGAGGCAGAUGUUGAUUCCUACGUGGUUCAUUCCAACUAUGAGGAGUACGCAAUGAUUCUUCUGCAGAGCGUAGAGAAACCAUCAGGAAAUAAAACCACCUCAUUCAAGCUUUAUAGUCGAACUAUGAGUGUGAGGGCUACUGUGCUGGAGGACUUCAAAACGCUGGUUAGACAAAAUGGUGGGAGUGAUGACGCUAUCAUCAUGAAUCAGAACAAAGGUGUGUGUCUUCCAGGUGAGCAAGUGACACAGCCUGUCACUGCUCAGCCUCAGGUACGUGCUUUUACACAGAGGUGGAAAAGAAAUCCGGUGCCACCUGUGGUUCCUGCACAAGAGGAGUACGCCGGUAAUAUUUGACCAGGAUGACAGAUCAUGUGGAUUAACAGAAGAGGAGGACCAUCACCCCUAUGCUAUUAUAUCACUAUUGUAUUUUAUUGUCAUACAAAUAAAAUGCGAAUAAAGUGAAACCCAUUCUGUAUAU